AUGCACCAGCGGCUCGACAAGAUCGCCUACGAGAACGGGAUACGAACGGCCGAAGUGAGGGAAGCUGCACUGCGCGCGGCGCGCAUAAGGCGGGCUUCAGAGCGGGGUGAUCGAGAGAACGAGGACGCCCGCCGCAAGCAGGAGCGGGACGAGUAUCAGAAGCGCUACAACACGGCCGCGAGGAAGUGGGUGUCGUCCAUCAUUGCCCUGCCAAUUCUACUGGUGACCAGCUACUAUCUCUUUGACCGACUGGCGCUGGGACACGACCAGAAAGUGAUACCCCAUGGUACGGCGCCCGGGACGCUCGACGACAAGAAAGCAUGA